CCGAACUAAACCAUGCUGGUGCGGGACACGUAUUUUUAUUUUUUAUUAUUUUUAUUUUUUAAAUCGUCCGGCAGCAUGUCUGAGCUUCAGUCGGUCUUCGCACAUGGUCUGGUCUGGUUGGGAGGUUGCCGUGUCUGGCUGUGGUAGUGGGGGGGUGGUUUGGACGGGAACGGGCGAACGAUCAUCCAUCUCUGGGCGUUAUAUCAGUGCUUUUUAUACGGGAAAAACAAGCAAUUGAACUCAACACUGCCUCGUGUCUAUUCAGAACUGUAGUAUUAAAAUAUUUAAUAUGCGCCUUACGUAUUAAUACGAACACUUCAUCACAGAAAUGUUCUUGAAAUGUAUAUGUUCAUCGUGUAUUUGGAUCCCAGUGCAUUUAUUUUCCUGUAGAAUUAAACUUGAACACUGACUUAUGUUUUUUUUCAUUAUUCAUAUGUGUUAUAACGUUUUAUAAAAAAAUAACAAGUGAUCUCAGUCAAUUAUGUCUUGAGCUUCUAGUAAUUUUUCCCCCAUUAUAUUGGGGAGUGGUGUGAAGAAAGAAUCUUCAUUUUUAAGUGGUAUUUCCUCGUGGAUAUGUAAAGUGCACAUAAUGGAAAUGCAAUUUAGUUUUGAGCAAGGAAAUGUUAAGUAUUAGUUUUAUUCAAGAUGUUUAUAGCACAAUUGUAUUUUGUCGAAAUUACAUCACUCCGAACAUUGUUACAGCGUGGUAUAUCGUUAAUGUAUUUAUGGAAGUGUUGUAUAUGAACAAAUAUAUUUAGGUGAAAGAUCAAAGGAAUUGUUUGUUUUUCUUAGUUCAAAACUCGGAACGUACAUAAAAUGAGACAAUUUUUGUUUACAGAUUUAUUAAAUAUCGCAUUCAGACUUUCCGAAAUAGUAUUGUCUACGACUCGUUACGACUUGCUUGCAUAAUAUGUCCGUAAUUUGCAUUUAUGCGUGUAUUUGUAAAAGUGUGCUUGUGACAACAUUGUAGCGCUGCCUUUUUCAUGCAUUUUGUUCGAAAGUAGACUUUUUUUUAUCGUGAUUGAAAUUGAAGAAAAAAUUACACACUGCAACACCACGAGUUACCAAGAUAAUCUGCACAGAAACACGUUCUUAAAUCUGCCAUCUGUGUGAUGAUUACCAAAUACUAAAUAAACACUUUCGUACGAUAUUCUGGUGAUUUAGAUUGUAGUAACAUGUCCAUAUAAGAAUGAACAAAACGAUUAAGGCUAUUUUUAUCUGAUUGUUUAACAAGUCAUUGUUGUAAGAAAAAUAUACGUUUCUGGAUGUCUUCCAUCGUGGCAGAUAAAAAUGUAUCGUGGUUUAUCCAUGAAACAGUGGUGGAAGGAAGCCUAAUGUUUGGAACUCUAUUAAUUUAAGAAUAUACAACCAGGAAAGACAUGAAAGUUGAAUUACUGAAUUGUGUGUUUUUAAUAUAUUGUAAAUAUACAGUGUAGUGAAUGCAAAGCACAAUGACGUCAAGAUUGGGACAGAAAGCCCUUGGGGUAGCUGCUAUUGUUGCGAUAAUACUGUUGAUUGUUCUCAUAGUACUAUUGUGGACAGGCGUUGGUGCGGGGGUGUUUAAUUCAAGAAAUUCUGUCGCAUAUCAGCCUCAUAGGGGACACGAAGUAAGGACACACGACUCGGAAUCAUAUAAAACUCGAAAUGAUGAUGUAACAAUGAAUUUCAGCGGAUUCAGCGCUUCUGGAGAGGGACUGGACGUAGUGACUCCAGCGGCGACAUUGUUGAGCGAGGUGGACGGCUUCGCAGAGAAGGUUACGGAUCGGACGAAAGCGAGAAAACUGAGUAUUGACGGGGAAGACGAUGUCCCGAUGAUGAAUCUGAAACCGAAACCCCAAGUAGAGUACGUGAAGCCGGUGAAGAUAUCACCACUUCCUCUACACGAACAGGAUUUGCUGUAUGGUGGUGACCAAUGGGCAUUCACAUCUCCAGUUACGUCGCACACUACACAGCCAACGGCAAGGGAUGGACGCAAUCACGACGUAAGCCAGACCCACCAGCCACCUUUGCGACACCAUUCCGGCCAUUUUCGGCACAAAAUGGCGCUGUUAUGGGACCCUCAUCCUCAGUACGAGUUCGCAGCAUUUGGCCGCCAUUUCCACCUAAUUUUGGCACACGACUCCAGUUUCGUGCACCCCGACUUGCAUGUUACACACGUGUGGCACAACAUGACGAUCCGCGAACACCCGGGGUUUCGCCCCAGCGGCUGCUUCUACACGGGAACGGUUCGAGGCGACCCCCUCUCCAUGGUGGCGGUCAGCUUGUGCCACGGUAUGACUGGCCACAUCCGGACUUCAACAGGCAGCUACUUCAUUGAACCAGCUGAGAACUGGAGGGAUCACACGAGUCCAAUAUUACACGCCGUGUACAGGAUACCAGGAACCAACAGUGCGGAGGAAGGAUGGCAUCAGUGCGGUGUGGUCGAUCAUGAUGAUGACUUCCUUGAGCCCGCAGCCAUGUUGUUAAACCGAACGCACUCUGGAGAGCAGUACGUUGGAGAAGGCGAACGCCCAAGUGGGAGGCGUUCGAAACGAACUGUGGAUAACGAAUAUUACUAUGAUUCUGGACUGUCAGCGCCCAAGAGAAACAAACGAUCGUAUUCCCAGGAAUACUUCAUCGAACUCAUGGUGGUUGCCGACAAGAAGAUGGCAGAAUACCAUGGAGACGGUCUCUACCACUACAUCCUGACUUUAAUGUCCAUUGUGGCCCAGAUUUAUAAAGAUGCCUCAGUCGGAAAUCCAGUCUCCGUGGCUGUAGUUAAGGUGGAAAUAUUAAAGGAGAUGGAGUUCGUAGCUCGAGACAACAGGCGAAGGGAGGCGAAUCAUGACGGAAUCUCGGCGGCGGAGAUGCUGCGCAAAUUCUGUGACUGGCAGAAUUCCGUCAACACCGUGGACGACAGCAGCCCGUUCCACCACGACACCGCCCUGCUUCUGACCAGAGAAAACAUCUGCCGGACUCCAGAAAAGAGGAAAUGCGACACGCUCGGGCUGGCAGAAUUGGGUAAAAUGUGUGACAGUAAUUCAAGUUGUGCCAUAGUUCAAGACAAUGGACUAAGUGCAGCCUUCACUAUCGCUCAUGAACUGGGGCAUGUACUUAACAUGCCGCACGACGAUGAUCCUAAGUGCGUUCGUUUCCGCGACAGCUCCAAGGUACACAAUGUGAUGUCCCGGAUGUUGGAUCACAAGGCAUAUCCUUGGGCUUGGUCAAACUGUAGCAGACACGUAGUCACAGAGUUUCUAGAUGCUGGGAACGGCCAUUGUCUGCUGGAUGCACCACCCCAGGACUUAAUUACGAAGGAGCAAGAACGUGGUCAGAGUCUGCCAGGGGAGAGCUUCACAGAGGACAGACAAUGCCAGCUUGUGUUCGGUGACAAUUCCAAAAUAUGCUCUUACAUGUAUGUAAGAGGCUGUGGUGCACCACAGAUAUGGGGGAACAGGCAGGCUGUCGCACGCAGUAUAUGCCCUGGGCAGAUGGUACACCAUGCAAAGCUGGACGAUGGUGCCAGAGAGGGGAGUGCGUCUUGAAAACUGUCUUGGAAAAAGUUGAUGGCCAGUGGGGACACUGGCAGCCGUGAGUACACUCCAUCUUU